AUGCAUGUACAUAUUCCCAUUUUCUUCCGUCAAGAUAUCACUCUCAUUCGCCCUGAGCUUGUGCACCUUCCCUGCGCUCGCACACCAGAGCCGUAUCCCAGCGCGGCGAACCCGCCGACGGCAGAACGCGUGCGUUUCGCACGCGCGCGACGCGCACACUCCCCCUGGCAACGCAUGCGCAGGGCCGAGGGUGCUCUCGGGAGAAAGAUGCUCGAUUCUCGAUUCGAUUCGAUGCCCAGCACGGUGUCCGCGCGUCCUGCCGCUGGACACCGCAACCGCGCGUUGCCCGCGCGCGCGAUGACCGUUGGCCCGGGCUCUGCGUGUCCGGACGUCCACGCACGGCCCCGGGAGGCGGGGGCGCAACCACAGUGCUCCUUUGCACGCAUCCCCGGUCGCAAGCGAGACUACGGCGCGGCGCAAUGUGCACGGCCAGACGUGCAUCCCCGCACGGAGACCCGCGGACGGACGCACCGCCUAGAUCUACCGGCCGCCACGCCCGCUACCCUUAUUGCUACGGUGGCGAUGCCUGCGUCGCACGCAGCGUCCCCGCACCCGCGCAUUUUCACAUUCACGCCGUUCGCGUGCCUGCCACCAUGGUUCGCGUCACCCCGCGCUGCGUGA